GUGGCCCCGGCAGCCAGGGAGACCCCGCCCGCCUCGCUGCUGGUAAUCGGGGGGGGGCGCAGGGUCUAGUCCAGGGGCUAGUGUCGGGUAGUGGGUCACUUGCGUACCCCAAGUGUCUGAUCCAGAAAUGGCGGCGUGUCCCAGCGCCCUGGGAGCGAGCCUGGCCGGCUGCAGCUCAACAUCCAUGUUUUCUGCCAGACCCUUUCAUCCUUCCAGGGACCAGAGAAGGAAAAUGGCUGCAGUGAAGCCAUUUGAGGGCAAAGCUUCAAAAGAUGGAGAUCUGCAUAACCGGCCUUGACAUCUGGCAUUCAUUACCUCUUAGUGAUACCAGAUUGCACAGGAAACCCAUCCCUGAGACCUCCCCAGUAUCAUCUGGCCCAUCUCAGCAUCAUAGGUUUCCUGUUUCCAAACCUGAUGUGAUCUUGCAGCUGGAACAAGGGGAAGAGCCUUGGGUCCCAGACCUCCACAACUCUGAGAAAAAAGUGCUCCCAAGAGCUGCCGGCACAGGUGUUGGGAUGGUGAGUGAGAACGAGGAGAAACCCCAGCAGGAAGAUGCUGAGCAAGUAGAACCACAUGCAACAUUAUCAGGAAGCUCCAAAGGGAAUGAUUCCAGGAGUUGUGCACUCCCAGAAAAAGCAAAAGCCUAUGAGAGUCAGCACAGGCCAGAGGAAAACUUCAGUAGCCACUCAGACCUUAUUACAUGCGAGAUAAUCAACUUGGAAGGAACAUGCUACACAUGCCAUGAGUGUGGGAAAAGCUUCAGUGGAAGCUCUGACCUUCUCAUACAUCAGAGAAUCCACAGAGGAGGGGCGCCCUACACGUGCUCUGAGUGUGGGAAAAGCUUCAAUUGGAGCUCAGCCCUUAUCACACAUAGGAGAAUCCACACUGGAGAGACACCCUACACGUGCUCUGAGUGUGGGAAAAGCUUCAAUCAAAGCUCACAUCUUAUCACACAUAGGAGAAUCCACACAGGUGAGAAACCUUAUGGAUGCUCUGAGUGUGGAAAAUGCUUCAGUCGGAACUCACACCUUAUUACACAUAGGAAAAUCCACACUGGUGAGAAACCUUAUGGAUGCCCUGAGUGUGGGAAACACUUCAUUGAUAGUUCAGCCCUCAUCUCACAUCAGCGAAUUCACACAGGAGAGAGGCCCUACAUAUGCUCUGAGUGUGGGAAAAGCUUUAGUUGGCACUCACACCUUAUCACACAUCAUAGAAUCCACACAGGAGAGAAACCCUACGCAUGCGCUGAGUGUGGGAAACGCUUCAUUGGUAGUUCAGCCCUCCUCUCACAUCAGCGAAUCCACACGAGUGAGAGACCCUACACAUGCUCUGAGUGUGGGAAAAGCUUCAAUCAGAGCUCUGCUCUGACCACCCAUCAGAGGAGCCACACAAGAGAGAGACCCUACAUGUGCUCUGAAUGUGGGAAACGCUUCAGUUAUAACUCAUCCCUUACCACACAUCAGCGAAUCCACACAGGUGAGAAACCUUAUGGCUGCUCUGAUUGUGGGAAAUGCUUCAUUGAUAGUUCAGCACUCAUCUCACAUCAGCGAAUCCACACAGGAGAGAGGCCUUACACAUGUUCCAAGUGUGGGAAAAGCUUCAAUAAGACCUCAAACCUUAUCACACAUCAGCGAAUCCACACGGGAGAGACACCCUACACAUGCUCUGAGUGUGGGGAACACUUCAGUUAUAGCUCAGCCCUUACCACACAUCAGAGACUCCACAUGGGUGAGAGACCCUAUGCGUGCACCAUGUGUGGGAAAAGCUUCAAUCAGAGCUCUACCCUGAUCACACAUCAGAGAAUUCACACCGGAGAGACACCCUACACAUGCUCCGAGUGCGGGAAAAGCUUCAGUCAGAGCUCUAGCCUGAUCACACAUAGGAGAAUCCACACGGGUGAGAAACCUUAUGGAUGCUCUGAGUGUGGGAAAUGCUUCAAUCGGAGCUCACAACUUAUCACACACAGGAGAAUCCACACUGGUGAGAAACCUUAUGGAUGCUCUGAGUGUGGGAAGUGCUUCAAUCAGAGCUCACACCUUAUUAGACAUAGGAGAAUCCACACCAGAUAGACAGCCCACACUUGCUCUGAGGAUGGGAAACGCUGCAAUUAGCACUCAAACCCUAUUAGAUAUCAGAAAAUCCUCCUGAGAGAGACUUGUCAUAAAUGCCUUGACUACUCUGGCUAAAGAUAUAAAAAAAAAUUUUUUUUUUUUUGCUAAUUUUCACAUAGUGAUCUUUGCACCAUCUUCACUGUGGUAUCUCAGCUCCCCUAGAUGAGUUGGUCUGCUUCUGCCUUUUGGAGCUCACCCUUCUUUUGGGUCAGUCCUGUGAUCUUUUCUAUCAACUCCUUUCCUUUUGAGUCCAAGGAGUGUGUCCCUCCAGCCAGGAAUGUUCAACAGCUCCUGGUGGGAGAGAGUUUUGAUCCCGACAAGCUACACUGAGGCAAAAACUAUCUGUGCCUUACAUCCACUAGGACUGUACAUGGCAUCAGCUGCUCAAGCUAGUGAUCUUGGUGUAAAAAGAUAAUUAUAGUUGUAGUGCAGAUGCGGCCCAGGUGCAAUGGCUGAUAUUAGCUUUCCCCUUGACCUGACCUAAUCUCUAUCACUUUUCCCAGUCUAAACAAUCCCUGAGCAUCACAGUUACACUGUUCCCCCAUUUCAAAGCAAUGGUUAGUCAUCAAGUUCCCUCUUAAGGAACAAAUUGUUUCCUUCCCAGUUCCUUUGAUGUUGCUUCAAGGUUUUACUGGAGAACAGAUAUUUUUACUAUCAUUUCCCUCACUUAAAAUAUAUUGAACUAUAACAAAGAGCAGGAACAGGGCAGGGAUAGGGAAAAAUGGCAUUUCCCCUCUGUAACAACAGAAGAAAAUAGGGUAAGUCAGAGGGAUUCCCUUAUUCCCCAUGACCAUCCCAAUCCCCCUGUUGUUCAGUUGGUAAUGUCAAUAUUUUCUUUAAAGGGCUGGAAAGAGGAUUCCCUAGUAAAUGGCUUGGAACUAAGCAAAAUAACCAUGCAUUUGGCUCCCAAAGCAGUUGUGGCCCGGGUCCUGCAGGGGGUCACUCCUGAAGAUAUCUCCUUCCUGAUCAGCUGCAUGUUGCUAUUAUUUGGGAAAUGCAAUCCCUGUCUAGGUAGAGAUGGGAAAAAUGUUCAGCUCACCCCUGGGAGGUGCUACAAAUGUGUAGAAAAUGAAAUUCUUGUUGAAUGUGAUACAGCUGCAGAAAGAUGCCUAUUUUUAAUAGAUACCUGACAUUUGGUGUCUUACAGGGAUUCUAAGCCACACCUGAAUUUAGUCCCUAAUUUAAAUCUGUGUCACCAGAUUAAAGAAAUAAAUGGGCAUAUUUGAGGGAGUUGUACCUCACUUUUGCUGCUUAUAUGUUGUGUGGUUGGUGAAGAAUUCUGUGCCAGAGAAGUGUAAAAUUACUCCAAGUAAGGUCAAAGAUUUGACAAGAACUCAGGUAGAAAUUGCUGGUACUAGUGACUGAUUUUCACCCCAGAGGUGGAAGCUCGGGUAAACUAUUUGUAGAACCCUGCUCCCUAGUUAAGUGGCAUUGAUCACACUCCUAAUGGAUGUCAUGAUUAAAUUGGGAACAAUUGUCGUUUACCAUUUGGAUCCAAAGUUUCAUGAAGCACAGAGAGAAACAACUGAUUCCUUCAGAGCUGUUCCGUGCCUAUGGGUCCCAAUCUGGCUACCUUGUUGGACAAGAAGCGCUUCCAUGCUGGGCAAAUGAUGGUAGCCGGGGGGAGAGUGUAUCAGAUUCCAAGUUCAAACUGCAGGAUACAUGAAUGCUGAGUCCAGAGUCUGUGGUUAGUCUCUUAGUUUUGUUCUUGAGUCUAGUGCAUUUCUAUCACUUCUCCACCUCCUGAUACUUUGAAAGAUGAAUAAGUAUGAAAAUAGAGCACAGGUGGUUUUUCUCAUGAUGCAACCUUCUCACGUAGUGUGAGACCCUUUCCAUCCACACUUGUGGGAGAAGACCCAAGGAGAAACGAACUCACAUGAAUGAAAGGCUCCUAGGUUAUUGUAGAAUGUGACUUCAUGCAAAGCUCACUGGGUGGAAAUGGGAAUUAAGAGAAAACUGUCCUAUAGGUUUAUAUUUUGUAACCUUGAAUAAAUUAUCAGUGACAGUUAAAUUAAACAUGGAGUUAAUUAAUGUAAAGUAAAAGGCUGAUUAUGUGAUAAUUUUCAGUAUUACAAUAUAAUUCAGGUUUUCUUCUAGUUCUCUCCCUGUCAUCUCCUACUAUAUAGGAAAUUUUGGCUAAUCCUGAAAAGUAAAACCUCACUCCAAAUGAAUUAGAGUGGGCGAAUGUGAGAGAAAUAGAAUGUAUGAAAAUAGAGACUCAAUAUAGACUGUAAUUAUUUGUAUUUCAAAUGGAAUUUAUUUUGAUAAACUUUAAAAUAAAUUUUCUGUUAAAAGGAAAAUUGC